AGUAAGAAAAGUCGCGGAAGGAAAGUUCCUGUUGCUCCGGAGUUCCGUCAAGACGAUGAGGCUGAAGCAGAGUCUCACACGGUGAUUCCGUCGAUUCCGUUCGGCGUGCUGCUGGCAGGCGCUACCAAUAAAGACACGAGGCGAAACGUUUGCAGGUACGAAGGAUGUGGAAAGUGCUUCUCUCGACAUGAUAGUCUGAUGAGACAUGUCAAGAGUCUGCAUUUGGUCGAGAAG